AUGUUCAAACCCUCAGAUAUCAUGGCUGCAUGGCAAGCACCUAGGAGAAAAAGCCAAUUCAUGACAAACCGAGCAAUUCUUCUGCUAAUAUUCUUUGUCGGCAUAUACUUCUUAUCCAGAAAUGAGCUACAAUAUUCUCUACCGAGCUUCAGCUCCAGCACCACGAUCGUGCUUCCUCCCUCUCCCUACGAUCCCCGAAAACUAGCCUUCCUCGUCGAAACUCGACCACUGCCCCACCUCCCCGCACUCUUUACCCAUAUGAUGGCAAUCAUACCCCCAGAAUGGACAUUCAAGUUCAUGGGUUCGCCCGUCGCUGUAGCAUUCAUGCGUGCCUCUCCCACUAUCUCCCGUUUUGAAGCUUCCGGCAAGCUUCAAUUUCUCGACAUCCCAUCCAACUACAGCCUCUCGAAUCGCGAGACCAUCUCACAGAUGUUUACCGAUCCCCACCUCUACCGAGACAUACUCUCACCUGCGGAGCAUUUGCUAGUUUGGCAGCCUGACAGCAUAUUCUGCGCCAAUGCGCCGACUACAUUGAAUGAUUUCCUGCAGUGGGAUUGGAUUGGAGCACCUUGGUCGAAAACAGCUACAUAUGGAGGAAAUGGAGGAUUGAGUCUGCGGAAAGUGUCCAAAAUUAUGGAUGUUCUGGGGAAUCAGACGAGGAAACAUGGUGAUGGUGCAUUGGAAGAUCUAUGGCUUGCGCAAAGAUUGCAUGGGUUGAAGGGGCAUGUCAUGCCGGCAGCCAAUAUCAGUAAGACAUUCAGCGUAGAGAGUGUAUGGGACGAGAAGCCUCUGGGGUACCAUAUUGGCUGGCUAGGUGUACAUCAUGAGCAGGUAUGGAUCUAUCCACUUUGCCCCACAAACAUUGAACUUAAGCCCGCCUGCAAUAAAUAA